CCCCACCGCGCCAUGGACUCGGUGCCGCUGCUUCUGCUCGUCGCUCUUGGCAUUCUUCAUAAUUGCUGUGAAGCCUACAACGUUGGGCUUCUGGGAGCAAAAAUAUUUUCUGGUCCAUCAAGAGAGCAAUUUGGAUAUGCAGUACAACAGUUUGUAAAUGAACAAGGCAAAUGGUUGUUGGUUGGUUCACCUUGGAGCGGGUAUCCAGCUAAUAGAACCGGAGAUAUCUAUGCAUGUCCCGUUGGUACAUCCAAAACUACAUGCAAAAAAUUAAAUUUACAAGCUUUAACCACCAUUCCAAAUGUGACUGAGAUAAAGGAACAUAUGAACCUCGGCUUGACUCUGAUACAAAACUCAAAAACAGGAGGAUUUCUGACUUGUGGUCCCCUGUGGGCACAGCAGUGUGGAAGCCAAUACUAUGCAACAGGAGUCUGUUCUGAGAUCAGUCCAAGUUUCCAGAUCCUAAGAAGCUUUGCUCCUGCUGUUCAAAAAUGUUCCUCUGUCGUAGAUGUUGUGGUGGUUUGUGAUGAGUCAAACAGCAUCUAUCCCUGGGAUGCAGUCCGUGCUUUUUUGAAAAAGUUUGUGCAGAGCCUAGAUGUAGGCCCCACCAAAACCCAGGUGGGUUUAAUUCAAUAUGGUAAUGAUCCACGCAUAGUGUUCAACUUGAAUGAAUAUAAAACGAAGACUGAGGUUGUUAAAGCAAUGGAGAGAACCUAUCAGAAGGGAGGAGAUUUGACUAAUACUUUCAAAGCCAUUGACUAUGCAAGACGUUAUGCCUUUUCUCCUGAAUCGGGAGGACGCCCCUCAGCUACAAAAGUAAUGGUGGUCGUGACAGAUGGUGAAUCACAUGAUGGCUCCAACUUGAAAACGGUGAUAGGUAGAUGCAAUGAAGACAAUAUAACCAGGUUUGGCAUUGCUGUCCUGGGAUACUUAAUCAGACAUGAACUUGAUACUAAAAACUUAAUUAAGGAAAUCAAAGGAAUUGCUAGUCAUCCAACAGAGAAAUAUUUCUUUAAUGUCUCAUCCGAGGCUGCACUACUAGAAGAAGCAGGAACACUUGGCGAGCGCAUUUUUAGCAUAGAAGGUACAGAUCAAGGGGAUACAUUCCAAAUGGAAAUGUCACAAGUGGGCUUCAGUGCAUAUUACUCACAGAAAAAGGAUGUUCUGCUGUUAGGUGCUGUUGGCGCUUACGACUGGAGUGGAACAGUGGUUCAGGAGGCUUCAAACAAAGUGACCACCUUUCCAAGUCAUGUAUUUGAGAAGAUUCUACAGGACAGAAAUCAUAGCUCAUAUCUAGGUUAUUCUGUUGCUGUUCUCUCAACUCAAAACUCUGUCUAUUUUGUCGCUGGUGCACCAAGAUCCAACUACACUGGCAGAGUUGUGGUUUAUGAUGUUGACAGCCGUGGUAAUAUCACCAUUGUGCAGUCCCAGAGAGGCGAGCAGAUUGGCUCCUACUUUGGCAGUGUGGUGUGUUCAGUGGACAUUAACAGAGAUUCUGUUACAGAUGUGCUGCUCGUAGGUGCACCAAUGUUUAUGAAUGACCUGAAGAAAGAGGAAGGAAGAGUGUACAUGUUUUCCAUAACAAAGGGAAUUUUGGAUCAACAAGAACUCUUGGAAGGCCCACAAGGGUUGGAGAAUUCUCGCUUUGGAUCAGCGAUCACAACACUUGCAGACAUUGAUUUAGAUGGCUUUAAUGAUGUUGUAAUAGGCGCGCCGCUGGAAAGCCAAAACUCUGGAGCAAUUUAUAUUUACAAUGGAUACCAAAAGACUAUACGUACCAAAUAUUCUCAGAAAAUUUUAGGAUCGGAUUCUGCCUUUGGACAACGGCUCCAGUUCUUUGGAAGAUCAGUAGAUGGCCAUAGAGACUUAGAUGACGAUGGCAUUACUGAUGUCUCAGUUGGUGCUGAAGGAAAUGUGGUUCUACUUUGGUCACAGAGCAUUGCAAAUGUGUCCAUAAUUGCCUCCUUUAAACCUGAGAAAAUCAGUCUGCUGAACAAGAACACAGAAAUAACCGUCAAAAUAUGUUUUGAGGCUACAUUUAGACCUGCUAAGAGAAAUAAUCAAGUGGCUAUAAGAUACAAUGCAACACUGGAUGCUGAUCUCCACUCCUCUAGAGUGACUUCUAGAGGAUUAUUCAAGGAAAAUAAUGAACGGUACAUGCAGAGGGAUCUUGUGGUGCGUCAUGAGGAGAACUGUGUUCAUGACAUCUUCAGUGUACAGGAACCUUCUGAUGCAGUAAAUUCGCUCAAUAUGCGCAUUGACAUUGGUCUUGCAAAUCCUGGCUCUAGUCCUGUUCUUGAUAUAUAUUCUCCUGCAUCUGUGGCCUAUAGUAUUCCUUUUAUUAAAGACUGUGGUGAAGAUGAACUUUGUAUCUGUGAUCUUAUCCUUAAAGUUCAGCAGAAGACGGAUGACAGCAAACAGCAGUUUAUUGUCAGCAGCAAAAACAGAAGGCUGACAUUCAACGUGAAACUGAGAAAUAAAAAGGAAAAUGCAUACAACACCAGAAUCCAGGCUACCUUUUCGGACAACUUGUUUUUUGCUUCAUCUUCUUUACCAAGCGAUGGGACUGAAGUCUCCUGUCAAACCGGCACAGCUCAAUCUACAGUAAUUUGCCAAAUCAGUUAUCCUGUUUUCCGAACAGGACAACAGGUUUCUUUUGAUAUUAGUUUUGAUUUUAACCUGAAAAAUCUUCAGAAUGUGGCAACUCUCAGUUUUCGUGCAUUAAGUGAAAGUAAGGAAGAACAAGACUUGGACAACGAGGUCCAUUUAUCAAUUCCAUUGCGGUAUGAUGCAGAAAUCCACUUCACAAGGCUUGCCAACAUCAACUUCUAUGAAGUGUACUCUGAUCGUAGCAUUCCUUCCACUGUGAAUAAUUUUGGAGAAAUUGGCCCCGCGUUCAACUUUUCAGUUAAGGUAACAACAGGAAGUAUUCCAGUAAAAAGGGCAUCUGUAAAACUCCAUCUCCCAGAACGUACUAGCAAAGACAACCCACUGAUGUAUAUAACUGCAGUCAGCACAGAUCAGACCAGAGGUGUCAGGUGUCAAGCUCAGGUAAAUCCACUGCAAAUAGGAAAAAGACCUUAUUCUCCAUCUUUCAAGAAAGAGAACUUCAGAGCUUCCAAAGAACUGAAUUGCAAGAAUGCCAAGUGCAGCACCAUCACGUGCAGCCUGGAAGACCUUGUGUUGAAGGGGGAGUAUUUUGUGAAUGUGUCCACCAGAAUCUGGAAUGGAACCUUUGCUGCUUCAACUUUCCAGACACUACAGCUCUCAGCAGAGGCAGAAAUUGAUACGCAUAACCCUACGUUAUUUGUAAUUGGAGAGAAUAGCUUAACUAUCCCAAUUACAAUAAUGAAGCCGGAUGAGAAGGCUGAGAUACCAGUUGGUGUUGUGAUUGGCAGUAUAUUGGCUGGACUCUUCUUGCUGUUAGCAUUGAUUGCUGUUUUAUGGAAACUUGGCUUCUUCAAGAGACAGUAUGAAAAAAUGACCCAGGAUAUAGAAGAUAUGGAUGAAAUUACAGAACUCACAAAGGACAAGGACUGAAGAUACAGUGAUGGGGAUACAGAGAGGACAUCUGAGCCACUAACAGUAGUGUGAUCCAAUCAGUUCUUCAG